GAAAUCUAUUUCUUAAGAUGGCGGACGAUUCACAGACGAGUCAGAACUCUUCGCGGUUUAGUCAUUCAGAUCUCCCUGAAUUGCUGAAUCAAUACUAUAAGAGAUUAUUUCCUUACAAGUAUUUCUUUCAGUGGUUAUCGUAUGGAGGAGGUCAGAAUUUUUAAAGAACACCAAACAAUAUUUGGUUGAUAAGACGUUGACCUUUAGUCUUCAUCGUAGCUUGUUUUUCACUAGUUGAUGUUUCCUUCUACGUUGAUUUCUCAGUACCCAAGAAUUAUUUUCUCCACCGAGAAUUCUCUUUCACGUUGAAAGAUGACGUUUACUUGCGGUAUCAAUCAUUUGCCGAUCAGCAAGAACUGGAAAAGGAAAUCAUCAAACGAAAUCCAUACAAGAUUGACAUCGGAGCCGUCUUCUCACAUAAGGCAAGUUUCUCAUCUGAGCAUACAUGUCAUUGUAUUCUUCUGGUGAAAGAUAGUUUAUUAUCGUUUAAGAAGCUAUUAAACGGUUUAAGAAUAACAGGAAUUAAACAAAAACGUACUCCAUUCUUUCAGCCAAAGGACCACAAAAUGAUCAAACCUGGAGCUUUUCAGGCUGAAGAGAAGGAGUUAGUAUUUGACAUUGACAUGACAGAUUAUGAUGAAGUUAGGACAUGUUGCAAGUGAGUUCUCUUUUGUAAAAUAUUAGAUGAUGCAAAAAUUUUGUCUCAUCGUUUAUUUAUUAGAUAUUGAAGAGAAACAUUGCGGACAGGUCACCUGUCUGACAGUCCAGAUAUAUGUUAUUGACCGAGCGUGAGAUCAAGAUGGCUAGAUAUCGGCCGAGUUCUUUCUUUUACGUUUUUUCUGAACCGAGAUGAAGACGGGAAAGAUAAAAAGGCUUGGUCGAUGUAGUUUAUUGAGAACAUAGUAAACGUACUUGUACCAAUGUCAGUGAUGCCAUUGUAGGCCUACUGAAUGAUGUGAAAGUACUGUAAUCAAUUAACGCGUUUGUGCCAGCUUAUAAGACACCUGAUUGAUGAAUGAAGAAAGUAAUUAAAGAGAGAGUGUCUCCAUACGAGUACACAGCAGACAACAAGGGAUUUAUCAUAUAGCAGAAAGAUCAUUGAAGACAAUUUCAAAUUUUUGAAGAUUUUGAAAGACAGAAAAGAAAGCCAACUGUUUUUGUCCAAAAAUUACGAGCAUUGUAUGUCCAUUUCAAGUGAUCUUUCUUCUCACACUGGAUCAAAGGGGUAAUCCCAAAUGGGUAAGAUGGACUUAUAUUGCCUGCUCAGGUAGUUCAAUCAGUUCACCCUUGAGUGUGAAAAGGAUAGACAUUUGCCCUUUCUUGAUUUAAAUGUGUACAAAGGGGAACAAGGGAAUUUCAAGAUGUGUCUAUUGUAAACCACCCACACUGACAAAUACCCCGUUUUCAAAUCACACCACCCUAUUUGCCAUAAAAAGUCUGUAGCCAAAACUUUACUCAGGAGGGCUGACUGUCUACCAUUUUCACUUGAUUCGAAGGCUGAGGAGAGGAAAUAUGUUUCUAAUGUCUUAAAGGCGAAUGGCUAUACCAAAACCUUUCUCCAUAACUGCCAAAAACCAGUUACAACUAGUAGCACUCCCAAUGAGAGGGAAACAGUGACUGGUUUUGCUUUUAUUCCCUACAUUCAGGGUGUUACAGAACCCAUCAAGAGAAUUUUGAAUAGCUACAAUGUUAAAGUUGCUCAAAAACCUUUUCAGAUUUUGGGGUAUACUUUUGCCAAACCUAAGAAUUCUGUCAGGAAAGAACAACGAACAGAUGCUUUUUAUUCUAUUCCAUGCAAUGACUUUGAUAACAAGUACAUUGGACAGACCAGAUGUCAGUUUGGUACACGUUUGAAAGAGCGUCAAAGAGCAGUUUUCUUUUGAAAAAAAGAAAAUUCAGCUUUAUCAGAGCAUGCAUGCCUAACUAACCAGACAAUUGGGUGGGAUAAGUCUAAAAUUGUCACCAAUAAUCUGUGUUACCACUAGCACCUUUGUUUAGAAGCCUGGCAUAUCAGCUCUGCCCACAAUCCUUUAAAUUGUGAUGAUGCCAGCUUACUUCCUGAUGCAUAUUUACACCUCAUCCAAAAAAGAGCAGCUAAUUAGUGAGGGUAUAAAAGGAACUCUGAUGACUGAUUGAUGUUUAGAUUGAUUACUUCCUCUUUCUUUCAUUUAUUCAGAGGUGCAGACAUUUGCAAGAAAUGUUGGAAGUUUAUGGUUGUUGCAAUGAAGAUAGUUGAUAGAGCUCUUGAAGGUAAGAUUAAGUGCAAUGUUUUUACGUAACAUUAGUCAUGUACACUAUAUUGGAGAGAGGUCAUGAGGCACAGUAAAAUAUUACAAUUUAAUGUCAGUUUGUGUAAUAGCCCUAUUUUUGCCAUUUGUACAUUGUAUCUUAUGGGAAACUAUGCAAUAGGGCCUGUAGAACCACUUGAUUUAACCCUUCUUUCCAUCAACCCAUGAGGGAAACUGGAUACUAAGAGAUGUCAUAACGUUUUGAUACCCAUCUGGCCCUGAACAAAUUAUGCUUGUGAUAUAUUGAAAACAAUUUCAGUUCACGAUUCAUCAUAAUUUAGUGGGUGGCAAGAUCGCAAUGAAAGAAUCAGACUAAAAUAUUAGACAAUUUUAAUUAACAACUCCCAAAAGUGAUUGAUUCAUGUAACUUCUCCAUGUAAUAUCCAAACACUUUCUAACAAACAGAUAUUGAGAAUACUGAAACUUACCAGGUGGAAGUUAUCUUGAUCUUACAUCAAAUUCUCAUAACUUAUUCACAAGUAAAUAUGUAGCAGCUAGAAGGGAGAAUUAACAGACAGAUCUUGGGUAUUUAGGGGUUAAAGGAAGAGGACUGAAAUGCUUCCUCUCAGCUACUGAUCUCAACAAUGCUAGUCCUUUUAACACAUUUAAGUUUCUAUCAGCGAUUAAAAUUCAGUGAAUUGAUAUUCCUAUUCAUAUUGGUCAGAGGCCUUCUGACACAAAGGUUUGCUGUAGUAGUUCUAGUAGCAUUGUGUUAACCAAUGUUAUGAUAAUAUAAUUUUGAGAUGUAUGUUUCUAUUUGUAAAGAAUAUUGAGAAAUAUAUCCCAUUCAAGAUAUUUAUUUUAUACUGUUACAGUUAUCACAAGAUUUGUUUGAAAGAGAACCUUUUGGACUAUCACCUUGUGUGAGAAAUUACUUUUUGAGAGACUUGUAUCAAAGUAUUUAUUAUGUGGACAAUUUUGAAAAUGAUAAAGUUUAGUGUUAUAGUUCAUCUUUGUGUUGAGGUCUCUUUUUGUUGGUGAAACUAACUUUGCCUUUUUUUCAAUUUGAAGCAUCAAAUUGAUUGAUACAUGAAGCACACAAAAUAUUUUUUGAGAGUUCCACCUGGCAUCAUCCUAAGUGGAUUAUUGUGAUAUUAAAAAAAAGCCAACAACUGAAAACUUCUUUUGUCACAAUUGCGACUUAAUUUGUGUCAGUUUUCUGGGUCUGCCAUAAUAGGUGACAAAUCUGGAGAUACAGUGUCUUGGUUAUUUUAUUAAAAGCAAUUAAUUUCCAAAAGUUUCUCAGCUGGCAGUUGUUUUGGCAAGCCAUGAAGUAAACAGAUGAGCAGUGCUGAGCUUAUUGACUUCCUGCCAGAAUAAAAAACUCUAUUAAAUUUAAUACUAUUCAAGUACCUAAGGGAUAAUUUUAACUAAUUUUGUGUCAAUAGUUACUCUCAUUCAUAAUUUACAGAGAAUAAAAUAAGUACAGAUCAAUAAAUACUUAGCAAAAAUAUAUGCUUAUGUGCAUAAUCUUGAAGAAGUGGAAGCUCAUAGGCAAACCACCAAGGCCAUAAAAUGUAUUUGAACAACCAAAAGAGGCACAAUGCUUUUUUUUUUUUUUUUUUUUCUUUUUUUUUUUUUUCAGAAAAAAAAUUAGCUUAAACGAUAUUUCAGUUGGGACCAUCCAUUUUCCUUAAAAAUCAAACAGUUUUGCUGCCCAUGUGUGAAUUUCACCAAAAUUGCUCACCAAGAUAUAACACUUGUCAACCCCAGCCUUGAUUACAUGCCCAAUAUGAUGCUAGGAACUGUGAAAGGGCUAUUCUUGAAAAAGUGUAAUUGGCAAAGUAGUUUUCCUUAAAAAAUAUAGAAAUUAGAGAUUAUCUGGAUAAAGUAGCAUAUAGUCUUGGUUUGUAAAAGUUAUCUGCUGUUUGCAGUGUAUCAUUGUAAAAAAAUUCUUUUAAUUGUUCUUAAAAGUUCCUAAAGACUUACUUUUAAAAAGCAAAAUGCAUAUAAACCCUGAAAUACCAUUGGAAACUAUAUCAGUCAACCUUAACAUCACUAUGUUUGUGUGUUUACUGAGUUGCAAGCUAUUCCUUUUCCUCUAAAUUUGUCAUUGAUAAGUUGUGUUGGUUUAUUAAAGAUAUUUUGCCCUUGAAAAUACAAAACUAAAAUAGUUAAAGUUACCAUUUUGUCCUGCAGAGGAUUUUGGCUUCCAACAUAGACUGUGGGUGUACAGUGGUCGUCGUGGUGUUCACUGUUGGGUGUGUGAUGAAUCUGCACGGAAACUUUCACAGAAUGCGCGUUCUGCUGUUGCAGAGUAUCUCAGUGUCAUCAAGGUGCUUAUUCCAUAAGCUUUGUUCAAAUUUUAUUCAAAGUUAAUUUUAAAGGUCAUGGCCUCUCUAUUGUUACUGUUCUUGUUGAAUGAAAAUUGUGGCUCACUGUUUUUCUCAUCUUGAUACAGGGUGGUGAAAAUCAACUGAAGAAAGUUAAUCUCCAUUCACCUUACCAUCCAUACAUCAGGUAUUUUGGUUACUUGCUUUCCCUAAAAUUGUGCCGCCUGGUUGAUUAUCAUCAUGAUGAGUUUAUACCUGUGAUGAAAUUGCAUUUUCUUUCAAUCUUUUCCAGCAAAUCUUUAGAAAUUCUUGAGGCCCACUUUGUUGACCUUGUAAUUGAAAACCAAGAGGUGUUGUCUUGCAAAGAACAAUGGGAAGGAAUGCUUGCUCUUGUACCUGAUUGUAUCCUUCAUCAACUUCAUUUAACUGAAGUUGGUUCUUGAGCUGUUGUUUGGUGAAGUUUUGCUAUGAAUUGUACAACAAAUUUGUUCCCAUCAUGAUAUACUACUAGUCACUAGAUCAUCUGAUAGUCUGCUAAUUUUAUACCCUCUUGGUGCAUUAACCCUUUAACUCCCAGAAGUGAUCAACAUGGAACUUCUCCCUAUAAUAUCCUUAAAUUAUCCAGCGAACAGGUGAUGAGAAUAUUCAAACUUAUCAGGUAGAAGUUGUUAUCUUGAUCUUACACCAAAUUCUCAUAACUAAUUUACAUGGAUAUGUGUAGCAGCUAGAGGGGAGAAUUAACAAUCAGAUCUUGGGAGUUAAAGAGCUAACAGUAAAACUGUUACUUAAAUUUCACAACUUGUCUGGGGUUUCUUAACAUGACAAGCUAUUCGAAAUGAACUGAACACAUCAUGGUCAACAACCACAGAGACUUCAAGGGAAAGAUGGGAUGAACUUGAAAUGAAAUUUGACAGUUGUAACGAGGUAAAUCAUUUGGUUUGUUGUUUCAUCAUGAAUGCACUUUUUUCGGUUGUUAAUUACUUAAUGAUUAGUAACUGAUUUUCCAGCAUGUUUUCUGUAAUUCAGUUCCGUAUUUGAAUACCUUUUCAAUUUAACCAUCAGGUUUUUAACUGUAAUGGCUUUUUUAGUGACCUUUAAAGACAGCUUUACUAGAAAAUUAGCAUUAACUAAUAAUUUUGCAGAGAAAAGAAGCAAAAGAUGAGAUAAUGUUCCAGUACUGUUUCCCUCGCCUUGAUGUCAAUGUCACCAAAGGACUUAAUCAUUUACUGAAGAGUCCAUUCUGUGUUCAUCCUAAGACAGGUCUGGAAAAACAAUAAUGUUAUCUAACAUACUGACUCAUUACUUAAUUUCUUGGGGAUUGAAGUUUUGUUCUAGUUAGCCACAAGAAACAUGCAAACAUGCCUGUAGAAAAAAAAGGUUUUUUUUUAUGUGAAGCAAUAACUUAAAUUUGCACAACUGGAUCAUGCUUGCAUGCAAAGUUGGGAAGAAUGUUAGUCAACCAGUAAGUCAUUCUUGUAAAGAUAUUCCAAGCCUCUUUGUGUAAUCUAAACUUAUGUUUUAUGAAGUAAUGCAAUCAUACAAUGACUUCAAAAUCAACAAACUGAGAUUACCAAGUGCUCACUGGUUCCUACACGCAUACAUCAGUAAAUGAAUUGCACUGGUCAGUCAUUGAGUUAGUCAGUCACUCAGUGAAAUUAGCUGAUUAUUUUCAAAAGUAAUCUGCUUCACUUGUCCAGGUCGUGUCUGUGUACCAAUCAGCAUGGAAGAGGUUGACACCUUUGAUCCAUUUACUGUACCAACAAUAAGGUAUGUGUUAAAUGUCCUUUUCACUCCCCCAUUCCUGUGCCAGUUUCAAUGGUACCUCACCAAGGUAUGAUACCUGUAUUGCCCAGUAAUUCUCUUAAACUCCAAUGCAGAGCACUCCCCACUGACUUGGAUCACAUACUGACUUUGAUUUGGUGACUGAGAACUUCUUUAAAUUGUAUUGCCUUCUAGUCAACUUUGCGAAGAAAUUGAUCAACAUGAUAAAAAUACACCAGACAUGAUUGAAGAUGAAAAGAAAAAGAUCCCAGGUACAUGAAGAACAGUUAAUUGUAGCAAACUAAUAAUUUCUAGGUAGUAAUCAGCUGUUGUUAAAAUUUGCUCACUUUUUUUUUCAACUUAUGACCUGUUCCUGAGAUUUCAGGUCUUCAACCUUUCCCAGUAUUCCUGUUUCAAAAACUCCUUCAAUUUAAAAUUUCCAAGGCUUUAGAGGGGUAAUCCUUGCAGGUCUGUAGAAAUCAUGACAGAGUGCCACGGUAAAACUCCCAUUUUGGUGUGGUUUAUGUUUCACACUGUGACAACCUAUUUAACCCCUAUGGUAGAUAGUAAAUUUGAAAAAUCAAAGGCUUUCAUGUAAAAGGUGUUUAUGUCUCCAUUUGAGCCCAUUAUUUCCAUGGUUGAGUUCUCGAGGUUUUAGAGUUUAUUUGCUGCUGACCCCUGCAAUUUGUUAUACCAAAAUUUAAGUAACUGAAUAUUUUCAUUAGCAAUAGUAAACUUUAUAAGCCAUUCUUAAUAAACAUCAUGAUACUGAGAUUGUUAUCAGUUGUUGACAUACAUUAUGGUCUCUGAAUUUUAAGCUUUCAAGAAAACCUCUCUGGUAAAGCCUAUUGGUAUUUUCGUGGAAUUUUUGAAGAGCCUUGAAAGUGAAAAUGACAAUAGACGGAAAACUUUCAGAAAUGAACAGGGUGAGUAA